AUGUCUUGGGCCAUGGACGAGAUGUGGCUCGGGGCAUUCUUCAGCAUCGAGAACGCCGAGAAACGUCUUUCAAACCUCAACUAUCGACAAAUCUCCGCUCCUCCCGACGAGCGUAAAGUGCCCACAGCUUGGUCUGUGCGGGUCUCGCUCCAUGGUCUGCAGCCUAGAACACAUGUUCGACGGAAAGCCAGAAAAGGUUCAUGUUCGGAGCGGGCAGCGAGAGCGGUCGCCGAUGAUCACAUGGGCUCCGGUGUCCCCGUACGCAGCGCAAGCGCAUUGGACAAGCGCAAAUGGCGAGCGCGAUGA